CCGGAGUGAUUCAUCUUCGUAAACAUACACGAUCUUCGCUGCAACUCUUCUGACAGCUAGCAAGCAACUCUAUAACGCUCAAAACAAGUCCUUCCCAUUGCAGUUUCUUCCAUAAACUGCCUUCCUACAGAGCUGGGCGGACAGGAGAGGGAAGGGUUUAACCCUGGUCUCCCCAGCCGACUCUGAGUUAACCAGCCAGCCAUGGAUGACAGCUCCUCACUUGGAAAAGUAAGCAGCUCUACAGAGUCCGUGGCCACUGUCACCAGUGAGGAGUUUGUUCUGGUGCAGUCCAGUGCUGCUGGGUCACCGCAAGGCUCUGGAGGAAAACCAAGACUCAAGAUGUCUUGGAAUGGGAGUGAGCAGCUGGAGAAAGCUAUGGAGGAGGUGUUGGAUGAUGAUGAUGAUGAUGUGAAGGUGGAGAAGAGCAGCGUGGAAGAGAUGGAGAAGCACAGGCACCCGGAGAAGCACAGGCACCCAGAGAGCCGAGUCCUGGAGCCCCGACCUGCAGAAGCUUCUCCAGCACCACCCAGCCCCACGGUGCUGGAAGAAGAUAGUGUCCAAUUCAACAAGUUGUCCUACCUGGGCUGCACCUGGGUCAAAGCCCCUCGCAACGAGGCAGAGGCACAGAGUGCCAUGGCCACCCUGCGGGCUGAAAGCGCCAUCCCCAUCCCCAUCACCCUGCAUGUCCCCUGCGGACCAGAUGGCUCUGUCAGAAUUAUGGACCAGGCCUCAGGAACAGAGAUCGCCUCAUUUCCCAUCUACAAGGUGUUGUUCUGUGCACGUGGACAGGAGGGCUCGGUGGAAAGUGACUGUUUCUCCUUUACUGAGAGUUACCGGAGCUCUGAGGACUUCCAGAUUCAUGUCUUCUCCUGCCACAUUAAAGAGGCCGUCAGUCGUAUCCUGUACAGUUUCUCAACAGCCUUUCGCCGUUCUUCACGGCCAGCAGACAUCAGGGACACGGCACUGUCUAGUCCGCCCGAUGGUGACCUCUACACCUUCACUGUCUCGCUGGAAAUCAAAGAGGAUGAUGGCAAGGGCAACUACAGUCCCGUGCCUAAGGACAGAGAUAAGUUGUACUUCAAGCUGCGACAGGGUGUUCAGAAGAAGGUUGUGGUUUCAGUUCAACAGAUGUGCAACAAGGAGCUGGGCAUCGAGAGGUGUUUUGGGAUGCUGCUGAGUCCAGGACAGAAAGUAUGCAACAACGACAUGCAUCUACUAGACAUGGAGUCGAUGGGGAGGAGCUCUGAUGGGAAGGCAUAUGUGAUCACAGGAACAUGGAACCCCAACAUGGCAGCCUUCCAGCCGCUGAAUGAAGACACACCUAAAGAUAAGCAGGUCUACAUGACAGUGGCAGCGGACCUGGUAGUCACCGAGGUGGUGGAGCCAGUUCGCUUCCUGCUGGAAACUCUGGUCAGGGUAUAUCCAUCCAACGAACGCUUCUGGUACUUCAGCCGCAAGACCUUCAGUGAGACGUUCUACCUUAAGCUCAGACAGCAGGCACCAGAGAGGGUGGGUCAGAGCGAUGCAGUGUAUGAGGUAGUGAGUCUUCAGAGGGAGGCAGAGAGAAGCAAUGAAGGAAGAGGACAACCGGCCUCGCCCACUGAGGAAGAGGAGGCUGAUGAAGAUAGCGACAGUGAAAUCUCCAGUGGGACAGGAGACGUUUCUAAAGACUGUCCUGAGAAAAUCCUGGAGUCCUGGGGAGGAAUACUCAACAGAUGGCAUGGCAACCUGUCCACUCGUCCGAAGGGUUUGCCCUCGUUGGUUCGCAGUGGCAUUCCUGAGCCACUCAGAGCUGAAGUCUGGCAGCUGCUGGCCGGUUGCCACGACAACCACGACCUGCUUGAGCACUACCGCAUCCUCAUCACCAAGGACUCAGCUCAGGAAGGUGUCAUUACUCGGGACAUCCACCGCACCUUCCCUGCACACGACUACUUCAAGGACUCUGAUGGAGAUGGACAGGAUUCACUGUACAAGAUUUGCAAGGCCUACUCUGUCUAUGAUGAGGAAAUUGGUUAUUGCCAGGGUCAGUCAUUUCUCGCUGCUGUUCUCCUGCUGCACAUGCCCGAGGAACAGGCCUUCUGUGUGUUGGUGAAAAUAAUGUAUGAGUACGGCCUCAGAGCUCUCUAUAAAAACAACUUUGAGGAUCUUCACUGCAAGUUCUACCAGCUGGAGAGGCUGAUGCAGGAACAGCUUCCAGACCUGUGGUCCCACUUCCAGGAGCUGAACCUGGAGGCACACAUGUAUGCCUCCCAGUGGUUCCUCACCCUCUUCACUGCCAAGUUCCCCCUGUGCAUGGUUUUCCACAUCACUGACCUGCUUCUCUGUGAGGGUCUGAACAUAAUCUUCAAUGUAGCCCUGGCCCUGCUCAAGACAUCUAAAGAGGACCUCUUGCAGGCGGACUUCGAAGGGGCUCUCAAGUUCUUCAGAGUCCAACUCCCUAAACGCUACAGAGCUGCGGAGAACGCCCGCAGGCUUAUGGAGCAGGCCUGCAACAUCAAGGUUCCAACCAAAAAGCUGAAGAAGUUUGAGAAGGAAUAUCAGACACUGAGAGAGAGCCAGCUGCAACAAGAAGACCCCAUCGACCGAUACCAGAGGGAGAACCGUCGUCUUCAGGAGGCCAGUAUGCGACUAGAACAGGAGAACGACGACUUGGCCCAUGAACUGGUCACCAGUAAGAUUGCCCUCCGGAACGACCUUGACCAGGCAGAAGACAAGGCCGAUGUUUUGAACAAAGAGCUGCUGAGCACCAAGCAACGUCUGGUGGAGACGGAGGAGGAGAAGAGACGACAGGAGGAGGAGACAGCUCAGCUGAAGGAAGUGUUCAGGAGGGAGCUAGAAAAGGCUGAGCUGGAGAUAAAGAAAACAACGGCCAUCAUAGCUGAAUACAAACAGAUCUGCUCCCAACUGAGCACCCGGCUGGAAAAACAGCAGGCAGCGACAAAAGAAGAGCUGGACAUCGUCAGGAGUAAAGUCAUGGGGUGUGGGCAUUGUAAGGACCUGUUCAACACCCUGGGGUCCCUCCAGGUGUCAUCCCCCGGCAGGGACAAGACAUGCACCGAGCCGCUGGACGAGGAGAAGGACGGACUGAAGGAGCAGCUGAGGCAUCUGGAGCUGGAGCUGGCACAGACCAAACUGCAACUGGUGGAGGCUAAGUGCCGCAUCCAGGAACUUGAGCACCAGCGGGGAGUCCUGAUGAACGAGAUACAGGCGGCCAAGAACUCUUGGCUCAGCAAGACUCUGGGCUCCCUGAAGAGCUCUGCCUCCCCUUCCACAAGCUCCACAUCUCAGACCCCGUCCUCUCCAAAGGAGGGCCCUGCCUAGACUGACCCUCUCUGUCCCCUGCAGGAUGCACACUAGAGCUGAAGAACACACGUUGAAGAAACAAGCAGCAGAGAAGUGCAGUAUUCCUUUUUUCAGCUGGUGGCAAAGCAGAGCUCACUAGCUUUUUGGACUGCAAAUAGCUGGAAAGAUGAGGGAAGAAACAGACGGGGGACUGGACCAGCCACCUGUCUUUCACUUAUUUUUUCAUCUGAGUGAACUAAAACAUGACUGUUGAUUUUCUCUGCUUCACAGGUGACGGUGAAGCAUCAGCAAGGCUUAAAGUUAAGUGGUCGUCGCUGAUACUGUUUUGCUGAGUUAUAUCUCGUAAAGCUCAUUAUAAGAAAGCUGAAUUCACUCACUCAAUGGCAUCCCUCAUGUGGGUCAAUAAUGUAGCUCCACCCUGUGGCCAGAAAUUGCUACCACAGAGUCAUAGUCAUUUUAUCUGUGUGAGAUUAUGUUUUUAGGUAGCUGAGAAUUAAACCUGCUCCCACUGUCCUCACAGUGGACAGUAUGAUCAGUGAUAGUGACACCGCUACAGCUGCAGAGAUAUUACAAGAUUUACUGCAUAGAAAUAUAGUGAUCUACAUUAACCAUCUUCAGCGCAGCAAAGCCACAGCACGCUGAAAAAGGAAUACUGCAUUCAGAGUCUUAAGCAAGAACAACACAAAUUGUUGUAUUUCUUUAUAGUAAUAUAACGUAAACAAUGUUGUCAUAUAAAUAUGUAUAACAAAUUAUUGAUUUUUUAAUAAUCUUGUACAGUUCUUUAAGAGAAGGAAAAAAACAAGGAAAAGUUUUUGUUAAUUUUAAUUUUUUUUUUUUACUGUUUGCAAUUUGAAUGUCAUCUCUCUAGAUGUUGACUUAAGCACAGCGUGUAAUCAAACCGGUCGAGUCCAAACGCUGAAGAUCCAAAGUGACAACCUGUAGAGAUUUUUAUGUAGUUAAAGCCCCUUCUCUUUCUUCAGUCGUGGGUUGAAAAAGCUUAAUUUGUGUAAUAUGACCCUAAAUAUAUAUGACCAAAUUUUUUUUUUUACCCCAGUUCCAGCUCAUGCCUGUAAAUAUUUAAUUGCCAUUUUUAUUUUCUGUGUUGCUGCAUGCAUAUUUCUAAUAUGCAGCCAUAAUUCUGUGCACAGUUUAGUUCGCUGUGAUCACAACAGACCCUUUCUGUGUCUGUUUCGUCCUUUUUAUACUUUUAAUGAUACAGUUGGAAUUAGCUUAACAGAACGCCACAUAAUCCCAAUUAGCUUUACAGAACCAACUAUCUCUGGUAUCUGCAAACGGUAAUUAUAGCUGGAAAUAUCAGGGAUUGUGUUUCUUUUUCAAUCCAUUUUCUGGCCUUUGUUCUUUUACAGACUGAAAAGAGCCAGAUAAUCCAUCACAGAAGUUGUGGAGAAACUGAGUGUAUCUGUCUGUGUUGUAACUAUGCAACACUAUGUAGACAAUACCCGCAGGAUAUUGGUAUAAAUCUUCACCCCUUAAUACCUUAUAACUGUCAUCAAAAUUCACUGUAGAUACCAGAGUCAGCACAUUAAAUUAGGCAAUUUUCUAAUGUAGUGGAGGCUCCAAAGUAUAUAUUACAUAGCACAAUUCAUCCCUAAAAUGAAAACCUAGCAUAACAUUAAUAAACAAGAUUAAGUUCCAAUAUUUCCCAUCAUUGCCAAACAGUCCUGAGGCCAUUUGCACUCCUAGGCCAACAACUUCUUUACCCUUUUUCUUGCUCAAACAAUAUACUUUUUAAUUAAUUCUUUACACAAUGAGAACAGCACAUGGAUACCUCUUCCCUGCAUCCAUAGUGGACUAUUGGUUGUGUUGCUCAGUGCUAACACGUUUGUAUAAAAACUGUAUUGAAUGAUAAACCAAUCAACCAGUAGUACUGAAUGUUGAAAGUGAGAACUUAAAUCAGGUUUGAAGUUGAAUAUUAAGUAAAUCCACAUAUGUAUAGUUUUAUAGGAUUACAUUAUGUUUAGCGAGGGAAGUUGCCUCAUGUAAAAUAGCUAAAAAGAUCAAACAAAAUACACAAGCUAUUUUGAUUUUAAAAGAAAAGGAAAAAAAAAACUUGCACUACUAUUUUAUUCUUAUUACAUUAGUAGUUGCUUAUAUCUACAGUAAGUGUGAGGACCACAGCCAGCCACCCAAAUAUGAUUUUGCUGUCUGUGUACUAAGUUGACAAACACAAUUAGCUAAAAUGUCUGUGAAGGUUCUUAGUCAUCCAGGUCAUAGUUAUCCAACGAAGGUUGAGGUCAAGGGCAACUGGACUUGAAGGUUGAAGAUACUAGAAGAUGUUUCGUCCCUCAUCCAAGAGACUUCUUCAGUUUCUUCAGUAUCUUCAACCAAGUCCAGUUGCCCUUGACCUCAACCUUCGUUGGGCAAUUAGCCAAAAGGUCUUUUAUUUUGCUUUAACAUAAGUGCAGGGAGAGAGCUGCAGUGUACGUGCCAAAUGUUCAGCUUUAUUCUCCACUCUGGUUGUCACUGAAAUCAGCCUUUGGACUCUGACCAAGCCCAUGUGUACUCGUUUGUGUGCAAGUGUGUGUUUUUGGAUGUGUGUAUGUACACGUGUUCUGCACUGUAACUCAAGUGGUUGAAGAUGAAAUGAUUUCUUCUCCACGUGGCUGCCUUUUUCUGUUGAUGACUGAAGCCGUUGGCUGACGAGAGGAAAAUCAUCUGACUGUUUGAAAUGUCGGAGAGUGUCAGCUGUGCCAUAAGAGCCUCCCUUCUGCUCCGUCCCUAGUGUUCUUCCUCCGUGCUCCCGACCUGAACCAACCUCACCAAUGUCAUCUGAUCAUAUAAACAGAACUGCUGAAUAUCCUUUUUGUUUCACGGAUUUCCACCAGGAGCCUCCCAGUACGAACACCGUCCUCUCGCUGGUGGCCACUGUGCAGCGCCAUUGAAGAAAAGGAAGCUGACUGGCUGAAUAACAUUGAGUUCCAGGUGUGUUUUCCAUUUCCAGGACAUUCCGUCUUCACUAUCGUCCAUCAUCCUUGUUGGCCAUGUGCGACAGUUACAAAGUUGUACAACCAGUUUAUUGUAAACGUUGGAGAGAGCUCCCUGUUUUUUUAUGUGCACUAAAACAGCAUUGAUAUUUUAAACACUAUUUCAAGAAAUGUGUUUGUUUGUUUGUUUAAAAGUGAUCCUGAUCACAGAGCUUAAUUAUUUUUUAACAGAUUAUUGUCGCUCAGAGGACAGUUGCCAAUGUAUAAGCCACUCUAAUUCACAGUUGAUCUCACUGAUGUGAAAGCAGGUGGUGAGUCAGAUAAGAGGUGUGAUGUGUUUUGUGUAGUUUACAGUUUGCUGUAAUACCACAGCCCUUUUACACAGGGAGGGACUGCUCCUCAGCCGGUCCGACUCCAACACUGUUUGCUGUAACUGUCUGACCUGCAUUAAUAAAUUUCCGUUUUUCUGUU